UUAUGAUUGCUUUUUUUGUGGCUUUAAGUAGCGCGGAAAAUCCCUGAACGGAGGAGGCCAUUCGUCAGGCAAUUUAUUGGGAGGAGUGAUGGCUUGUGAGCUCCCAUCGCUAUAAAGCCCCCCAGAGCUUCGCCGACUCGCUUUAGUUGUCAUCGGCUAUGUCUCCGUUCGGUCGGAUGUGGUGGCUGUCACUGCUGCAGUGGCUGGCCAUGGGAAUAGGAUCGGGAGCGCAGGCCUGGAGCUUUGGACCAGCACAAUCGGAUGCCGGCCAGGAUACCGGACCCCAACCCAGCGAUGUGGGCAGCACCGCGAACCACACGAUACUCACCAGGCAGCUGAUUGUGGGCACCUUACUGCCACCGCAAGUGCCGCCGGGCACCUGGCCACCAGUGCCCUCCAUUGUGAAUCCCGGCACCACCAGCUAUUGCCGGUGCGUUCCGCCCGGAUCCUGUGCCAAUCCCGUGCCCACUGUACCCAGCGAUGGCAGUGGUCAGCUGGACAUCAGAAUUGUCAAUAAUGGAGGAUAUCCCUCAAUUCCGAGCACAUCUGCCACGUUGACCUGCAGCUAUGGCUUGGUGGCCUGCUGCCAGGCGGGAAGCUAUCAAUGUGGCCGCAGGUUUCCACCUCCGCCUGGUGCCUCUGCCGCAGGAGCUGGUCAGGCCAGUUUUGGGGCAUAUCCCUGGCAGGCGGCAAUACUAACCACCGCUGAUGUUUACCUGGGUGGAGGAGCACUGAUCACCGCUCAACAUGUCCUUACCGCCGCCCACAAAGUCUACAAUUUGGCGCUCACCUCAUUCAAGGUGAGACUGGGGGAAUGGGAUGCCAGCAGUACUAGUGAACCGAUUCCCGCUCAGGAUGUGUAUGUCUCCAAUGUGUACGUGAAUCCCUCGUUCAAUCCCAACAACCUGCAGAACGAUGUGGCCAUCCUGAAGCUGUCCACUCCAGUUUCGCUGACCAGCAAAUCCACGGUGGGCACUGUUUGCCUGCCCACCACCAGUUUUGUGGGUCAGCGCUGCUGGGUGGCCGGGUGGGGCAAGAACGACUUCGGACCCACUGGCGCCUAUCAGGCCAUUCAGCGGCAGGUGGACGUGCCACUGAUACCCAAUGCCAACUGCCAGGCGGCGCUGCAGGCCACUCGGCUGGGCGCCUCCUUCGUCCUCAGUCCCACCAGUUUCGUCUGUGCCGGCGGCGAGGCUGGCAAGGAUGCCUGCACCGGAGAUGGAGGCUCUCCGCUGGUCUGCACCAGCAACGGGGUCUGGUAUGUGGUGGGUCUGGUGGCCUGGGGCAUCGGAUGCGCCCAGUCUGGAGUUCCGGGGGUCUACGUCAAUGUGGGCACAUUUCUGCCUUGGAUUCAGACCACUCUGACGCUGUAAAUCUGAGUUAUUGUUAUUGUAUUAUGUUUUAGUUUCUCAAUUUAAUUAAGGGGCAUUCAAAUAAGUUUUUAUAUUACUUCAUAUUUUUAAUUGAAGUACUUCAACUUUUAGAGUUUACCAAUAAUAUAUUUAGGCCUUAAAAAGAUGAAAUUUAACUGACAUGUUUUCGUAUACUUAGAUAUGAACAAAGUAAUCUCGGCCAAAUAA